AUGAAACAUUCACUAAUAAAAAAUGUUGUAAGAAAUCACUUAAAAAAAUGCAAGUAUUUUCAUGCUAAACUUGGUUCUCAAGAAGCAGUAGAUAAUUAUUGUAAUAAGACAGCUAAUAAAGCAGAAAGGAAUCUACAAGCAUCGAAAAUACAUCCAAAUGCUGAUGAUACAUCAGAAACUACAAAAUUUUUUAAAUUCUUAAAUUCAGCACUUACUCUUCCUAGUCAGUGUGUAUUAUCCAAUUGUAUCCUUGAUGCUGAGAGAAUAAAUUAUAUUAAAUCACAAAAGCAAAAAUUAAAAGAAGAUGGUAUUGAGAUUACCUUGGCAUUUGACGGUUGA